UUCAACAUGGCAGGCAGCAAGUUGGUGCUAGAAGGAAGGAUAAGUGUCAUAAGCUUUAUCUCAGGUCUGGGCGUCAUCGUAAUACCUUUACUCGUAAAUUUUGGCUCUCACAUUGACUGGAUAUUCGAUUACCUCACGGAUGUAAACGGGAAAAUAGCCAUAGCGGUGUAUAUCACAGUUCUCAAUGGCUUCCUGCUAAUCCUCUACAAGGGACCUUUAUACAAGGUGGCUGUUAGGGCCUGUUUUCUUGGAUUUACCUUUGGAUGUGGCCUCACUUUAAGUUUUGCAGAUACAACAUGGACACACUUUGGAUGGUAUAUGUGCUCGCUGUCGUUCUUUCACUAUUCUGAGUACCUGGUUACUGCCAUCAUCAACCCACGCAGUCUAUCCCUAGACUCUUUUCUUCUCAACCACAGUGUUGAGUAUACAGUAGCAGCCGUUUUCUCCUGGGUGGAGUUCACUGUGGAAAAGCUCCUGGUGCCAGAUUUGAAGCAAUUCAACUGGCUCUGUGGGGUGGGACUGUUCAUGGUCUUCUGCGGAGACAGCCUGCGUAAAGCAGCCAUGUUGACCGCAGGGUCCAACUUCAACCACAUAGUGCAGAAUGAGAAGGCCCGGAGUCACGUGCUGGUCACAAGUGGAGUUUACGCGCAUUUUAGACAUCCUUCCUAUGUGGGAUGGUUUUACUGGAGCAUUGGCACUCAGAUCGUUUUGUGCAACCCAAUAUGUAUUUUGGGAUAUACAGUGGCCAGCUGGCGGUUCUUUCGAGAGCGAAUUGAGGAAGAGGAGAUCUCUCUCAUCCUUUUCUUUGGUGAGGACUACAUUGAAUACAAGAAGAAGGUCUUCACCGGCUUGCCCUUCAUCUCAGGGAUCAGGAUUAAUUCUUAAGGCAGUGCUGCAUUAAAGGGAGGAAUUAGCCUGACAGUGCCCACCUGGACACCUCUGACUGACACUCUGAAUGAGCUAGUUGCCUGGUGGCAUCAUGGUGCGCCCCCUUGGGGGGGACAGCACAGACAAAUGAGGUGGCAGCACAAUAAAACUGACCUGAGACACAUUGGUCUGCUCUGAGCAGGGUGGAUCUUCCGCCCUUAACAUCCCCAGAGAUACUCGCACACCAACACCACAUUCCUCUACCUUUGUCUUUCACUCCAUAGUAUUUCUGUUCUGUCUUGCGUUCUUGUACAUGUAACAUAUGUCAUAUAUCCUCAUAUUUACAGCCAUUAUCACUGGCACUAGUCUUAUGAAGUCAUAAACAUUUCACACAUCAUCUUUAUUCAUACAUGCAUCAUUUCAUUUGCUGGUUUUGCGGUUAGAAACCUUUUAAUAAUUGGCCUCAAGAUUUUCCCUAUAGAUUAUUAAAUAUUUAGCUUGUGGUAAGAGUUUUUUGUUCAGAGGUAUUAAAGACGGCAUGAAACGGUAGUAGCGGUUGUCUUGUUUGCCGACUUUUUAAAUGAAAACGUAGGGUGGGACUUGAUUUUAUCCACGGACAACUUAUUGGAUCGAUAAAAUGUGAAAGAUUUGCAAUCUGUCAGUCAUUGCAGCCCCGCCCUCGCACCAUUCCUCAUGACCAGAAGUGAAGAGAGGUCGUUUCGAGGGGGGCCUAACGAUUUUGAUUAAAGAUUACAAGUACAAAUUAAUAAAAAAAUGAUGUGCACGGAUACGCCACCACUGUGUAAAACAAUGAGAUUUAUCAUUUUUAAUGUCAUGCCGACUUUAAAUGGCCCUGAAAAAGUUUAUUGUGUGUGAGAAACAUUCUGAGGUGUUCGCAUGAACUCUUAUGCUGCCAGUCGUGAUAGGGCUACUUUUCAAAUGCUGAUGUGCGACAAUCUCCAAAGAUUUGUGAUUUGUUAAUACUGUUGAACAGUUUUAAAAUAACGAUUAGAAUAAUAAAGAUAUCUGAUAACUUAAAG